UAAUUUAUUUUUUAAUCUUUUCACAUUUAACGUGCACGUUAUGGGCGUCGCAUAUUGUCCUGAAUUAUCGAUUUUUUCCAAGUAUCUCUCACAGUGUACAACAAACGGUUACUAUGGAUACUUUCCUCUAUGAAGUUCCGGGUAUGAAACUGUUCUCGUUUCCAGUGAGAUAGGUACGUUUAAAUAUGACGUAUUCUAACCGCGAUAUUAGAAAGAUUGAACAUUUUUACGCCAUUGGAGAAUCGGUAAAAUGAACCGGACGAACGAAAGAGUUUUGAAACGACGGAGCAAUCCGGAAGUUUCACGUAGAAACGACUCGAGUAGCAGCGAGGAAUCUUCGUCGGUUACCGAGAGCACCGAGUAUUCACCAUAUGUGCAAAACACCAGCACGCCUCUUAGACCUAGAUGGACAAAUUCCGAAGAGACCAAUAGGUUUCGACGAGGACAAGGAGAUAUCGACGAUGCAGAAGAGGUGUCAUCUGACAAAAAGGGAUCGAAAAAGUUUCAGAGACGCAAAGAGCAUGUUGAUCGAAAAAGGUAUCAGGACAAUCGUGAAAGAAUCGUUGAAAAGCAGAGAGGAGGACACGACCGACGUAAUAAACGAAGACACGAUAGACGUUCUGAAGACGCUGCUAAUAAAAGACGAAAGGAAACAUCCAGUUCAGAGUCAUCGGACAAAAGUUAUAAUGAAAGCGACUUGGAACAGUCGAAACGAAAAAGACGAGAUUUAGUAGGGGAUAAUGAAUUGCCUAUUACGGAAAUCUUAAGGAGGUCGCAAGAAAAUGCGCGAACCAAAUAUGAGCAUCAGGUGCCACUCCCUGUAUUAACCACGGAUAAAGUUUACGUACAGCACAGGGGUGGUUUUAGUACAAUGAAAAUUAACCAAACAAAAGGUUUUCCUAGUGACAAGAAAACUGAAAGGGCAAGUAGCGUUGAUAUUCAUGACGAAGACAAUUCUCCGCCUAUAAAGGUGGCCAUUAUGCUUCAACAAUUUUGGAAAAAUACAGGUCUUUUGUAUCAAGGCCUUCUAGGCGGUAUGGCGCUUACUCAUUUCAUCAUGGUAUGUUUCCAUUACUUUAUAAAAGAAAAUCUUUCCAUCAUUGUGUUUUAUCUUCUAUCUAACCUCUUCUUUUUUCAGUUGCACGUAUUUUUUAAUAAUUCUAUAGAAUUCAUCGCAAAAUACUCACCAUUUUGUGAGAUUUAUACAAACAUCUUUUCGUUUCUUAUUGCCAUGUGCAUCGUUUCAACGUUCGAUAAGUUUGAUUUGGCACGAUUCGACGUGGAACAUCUGCGUGAGCUUUAUUUCGACCAUAACAAAGCAAUUAUCGCAGUUCCUUUGUAUCUCGUCGUUUUCUGUCUUCAUCAAAUCGGCGCAGAAACCGAUGAUCAAUUAAAUUUGAUACAUUAUUACAAUUCCAAUCAUACCGUAUGGCAAAACGUCACUAAUGUUCAGUCCCUUCUGGACGACUUAAAUAGUUGGCAGAGGAUAUCCAUGUCGAAAGAUUUACUUGCAGUGUUUGCCUGGUUGUUUGUUUCCCUUGGUACUAAAGAUGAUUCGUUCUUGACUUACCUACAGUCGAUGGAGAAGUACGCGGACGAUAUCGAGUCCUCCAGACGGUAAAUGAAUCAAAGUUUCUUCGGAAAAGAAGAAACUUCUCUUAAUUUGGAAUAUCAUAUUUGGCUGAGGAACUGUGGCGUGUGCGAUUUCAAUAUUUAUUCGUAACAGAAUAGGGUCUGAUAUGUACAAUAUUUAUAAAGUUCUAAAUUCUAACAGACAGUACACGUACAUGUAAUACCAAUGAAGACAAUAACAUUGAGAAUAAAAUAACAUAUGGCGCGAUC